GGAGCGCGAGGCUGUGACGAGGGUCAGGUAAGGCGGAAGUGAAAGCGACCAGAGAGGCACGAGCACCUCACCUGUCCGCAGGUGUCCAACCACCAAGUGGGAAAGAAAAUGAGUAACCCUAUUCCCUCCAAUCUGAAGUCAGAGGCAAAGAAGGCCGCAAAGAUCCUGAGAGACUUCACUGAAAUCUCCAACAGGAAUGGACCGACGGACAAACUCAUCCCUGCUCAUGUGAUAGCGAAGGCGGAGGGUCUGGCCAUCAUCUCCGUCAUCAAGGCCGGCUUCAUGAUCACAGCCAGAGGAGGCAGCGGCAUCGUCAUCGCCAGGCUGGCUGACAGACGCUGGUCAGCCCCAUCUGCCAUCGGCAUCGCUGGUCUGGGAGGAGGCUUCGAGAUCGGGGUGGAGGUGUCCGACCUGGUGAUCAUCCUGAACCAACGGAGAGCCGUCGAGGCGUUCACAAAGGGCGGCAACCUGACACUGGGUGGGAACUGCACCGUCGCCGUGGGACCUGUGGGCAGGAACGUGGAGGCUGACGUGGCGAUCCGCAGCCCGGCGGCGGUCUUCACUUACUGUCGGUCCAGAGGUUUGUUUGCUGGUAUUUCUCUGGAGGGAUCCGGCCUGAUCGAACGCAAAGACACCAACCGCAAGUUUUACUCACGAGAAAUCCGUGCAUCGGCCAUUUUAAAUGGCGACGUGGAGCCUCCGUCGGAAUGCUACGACCUUUACCACAUCCUGGAAGCCUACACAGAGGCCUACAACGCAGACUGGAUGGGCAAGAACAUUCAUCCGAAGUCCGUUCGUCCAUCCAGACCCCCGGCACCUUCUCAGCAGAGACCGCCGACCAGUUACCAGCCGCCGCCGACUAAUUACCAGCAGCCGCCGCCGACUAAUUACCAGCAGCCGCCGCCGACUAAUUACCAGCAGCCGCCAACUCGUUACCAGCCGCCGAUGACCCAUACUGGUGAUAAAAAACUGUACCCGAGCAUCUCUGUGUAUAAAUCUGAAACCUCAGCUGCUGGGUCAUCAGUGGGCGGGGCCGGCAGCCAGCUGGUCGUCACAGCGAGCCACCCAUUCACUGGGCAACAGCCUGGCGACCUGAGUUUUGUCCCCGGUGACCGAAUCACUGUCGUCACCAAGACCGACUCCCAGUAUGACUGGUGGGAGGGGCGCCUGGAUGAUGGGCGUGUCGGGAUCUUCCCCGCCAACUUCGUCACGUACUGACCCCGCCCUCUGUGGUCGGAUGGACGAACUGCAACUGGGCGACACUCUCUAUGGAGCCGGAGGACAAUUAGUUUUGGGAAACUCUGAUUAUUAAUAAAACUGUAAAUGAAUCAAUUUAAUCACCAAUAUUAAGAUUGUAUCAGUAAAAGAGUUGCAGCAGAAUUAUUAGAAUCUGUCAGACUCUUAGUUAACUUUAAUUUAAUUUAUUUCCAAAAAACACCAUUUACACAAACUAACGUCAAAACCAAAUUUAAAAAAAAAUGUAAUUCUAAUAAUAAAACUUUUUACAUUUUUCUUCUUUAUAUGAAAUGGUUCAGUGGUGCAUUAAGUGGCAGCUUUGGAGCGUGGGAAUUUUCAACACCAACUGAUACCUUGGCACUUUGUUUAGAUGUUGACAUUUGUUUGUUUGUGUUUAUAUAUUUGUUAAACAACACAAACUUCCUAUCAUUUCCCUUCAGAAAUAAAGCGGGAAACGACACAAUCAGGAAUUACAAACGAGUAAUUUUUCACUUAAUGACUUCAGAAUAUAUAGCACUUUUCACACUGGGUGGUAGUUACUUCAGUUACUUAUUUUCAGUAUUGGCAGAUCUGUUACAACACGUUUAUCUAUUUAUAGUUCACAUGUAAUGAAGGUGACAGCAGGUGUUUUCUGUAAUAAUCAUAAGAAUCACAAAUAAAUGUAAUUUAUAGAGA